UCAGUAGUUCGAUAAAAAAUGAUAUGAUAUUUGUCGAGCGUCUGGAAAUCUACAAAGAUGGAGUGAAGUUGGUCAUUGUGAUUAGUAGCGAUCUCAAAUAUACUCAUGAAGGCGCUGAAAGUCGAGCUCUGAAUGUAGCUGAAGAAAUUCGAAAGAAAGGUGUUAGCGCACCAAUUUGUGUUGUUGCUCAACAGGAUAAUCGAAAGAAUGAUACACACAACAAUCCCGAGGAGGUGCAAGGCAAUAUUUUGGCCUUCUACGGAUCUGACGUAAAAGCAUCGACUCUUCUAGUAGAUAAAAAUGAUAACAGCGAAAUGUUGAAAAUAAAGUUUGAGGACUGGAAGGAGGAAUUGCUCUUUCUUAACAGUCAUCAAGUAAUAGCCUUUCAUUUUACUGUGGUCAAUGGCACUGAACCGGAAGAUAGCGAAGAGAUAUUCAGUAAUACAUUCCCAGACAUUCCAUUGAGUACGUUACGUUUACUUGAUGAAUCAUCGAUGACUGGAGUAAACUAUCAAGUUGGAACGAAGUCUGAUUUCUAUGUCGGUCCCGUGUAUGCAGUUGUUGGUUUUCGAAAAUUCGGUGGAUGA